UUUGUGUUUCGGGCCGCAGCACGAACCGCUGCGUGAAAAACUAGUCCCAUUGGAAUGCGCUUCCCUGCCUUCAUCCGCGCGCCCACAACGCUCGCGACGCCUCUUUCCCCGCAUUAAACGCUCGGUUCUGCGUCUCCGCCGCGUUAUGAUCUCAUACAGAGAAAAACAGACGCGAGUGUGGUGAAAUACAGCAAUAGUUCGCGGCGGCGCGGAGCUGGAUCUGGAUCUGGAUCUGGAGAGGGAAAGGGGGAAGGGUUCGGAAGCGGCCGGGUGUUUUUCCUGUGAGCGGAAGGAGACGGACGCACGGACGGACUGCGCGAUGUCGUGGUCACACUGAAACACCGAGACAAUCAAACCGAUGAAAAACUGCGGCGGAGAUUCAGCGCGAAGAAUCCGAGUCACAGACGCGCGCGGCCGGAGCGAUGCGAGCGAGGCGGCGCGGCUGAGCGUUGAAGAUGGGUGCCGUACUACAGAGUCUCUUACUGUGCACUUUGUGUUUGCAGAUUCGGGGCCUGCCGCUGCUCUUGUAUGCGAAUCGAAGAGACUUGCGUCUGGUGGACGCGGCUCGGGGUCGAGGGAACGCCUCGGUGCUGGUCAGCGGUCUGGAGGACGCGGCGGCUGUGGAUUAUGUUUACGAGCAGGGACUGAUUUACUGGAGCGACGUGAGCGAGGAGGCCAUCAAACGCACGCGGUUCAACGGGUCAGCGCCCAGCGGUGUCCAGAACACGGUCGUGUCCGGUCUGGCCUCUCCGGACGGCCUGGCCUGUGACUGGAUGGGGAACAAGCUCUACUGGACCGACUCGGAGACCAAUCGCAUCGAAGUGGCGGAGCUGGACGGGACAAACAGGAAGGUGUUGUUCUGGCAGGAUCUGGACCAGCCGAGGGCCAUCGCUCUGGAUCCGGCCCGAGGGUACAUGUAUUGGACGGAUUGGGGUGAGAUCCCGAAGAUCGAGCGCGCUGGGAUGGACGGGACGCAUCGCUCGGUCAUCAUCGACUCGGAGAUCUACUGGCCCAACGGCUUGACGCUGGACUACGAGCUGCAGAAACUCUACUGGGCCGACGCCAAGUUCAGCUUCAUCCACCGCUCCGAGCUGGACGGAUCACACAGGGAGGUGGUGGUGAAGGGCUCGCUGCCGCACCCGUUCGCACUGACGCUGUACGAGGACACACUCUUCUGGACGGACUGGAACACACACUCCAUACACGCCUGCCUCAAACACACGGGAGAGAACAGCCACGAGAUACACACCAACAUCUUCUCACCCAUGGACAUACACGUCUACAGCCAGGAGCGCCAGCCGCUGGAUGUGACGAGUCCCUGUGUGCUGAAGAAUGGAGGAUGUUCUCAUCUGUGUCUGCUGUCUCCGGUCAAACCUUAUUACCAGUGCGCCUGUCCAACCGGCGUCCAGCUGCUGGACGACAACCAGACCUGCAGAGACGGUGCCUCUCAGCUGCUGCUGCUGGCGCGGCGCACAGACCUGCGGCGGAUCUCUCUGGACACGCCUGACUUCACCGACAUCGUGCUGCAGACCGACGACAUUCGGCACGCCAUCGCCAUCGACUACGACCCGGUGGAGGGUCACAUCUACUGGACGGACGACGAGGUGCAGGCCAUCCGCAGGUCCUUCCUGGACGGCAGCGAGGCUCAGUUCCUGGUGACCUCUCAGGUCAGUCAUCCGGACGGGAUCGCCGUGGACUGGAUCGCACGGAAUCUGUACUGGACAGACACCGGCACGGACCGCAUCGAGGUGACCCGUCUGAACGGCUCCAUGAGGAAGAUCCUGAUCUCGGAGGAUCUGGACGAGCCCAGGGCCCUCGCUCUGGACCCCGUCUCCGGGUUCAUGUACUGGACAGACUGGGGUGAAGUGCCGAAGAUCGAGCGGGCGGCUCUGGACGGGACGGAGCGUCUGGUGCUGGUCAACACGUCUCUGGGAUGGCCCAACGGACUGGCACUGGACUACAGCCAGAGGAAGAUCUACUGGGGAGACGCCAAGACCGACGUCAUCGAGGUGAUGGAGAUGGACGGAUCGGGUCGGAAGGUGUUGGUGGAUGAUAACCUGCCGCACAUCUUCGGCUUCACGCUGCUGGGCGACUACAUCUACUGGACGGACUGGCAGCGGCGCAGCAUCGAGCGCAUGCACAAACUCAGCCUGGAGCGCGAGGUGAUCGUCGACCAGCUGCCUGACCUCAUGGGGAUCAAGGCCACACACGUCCACCAGACCUUCGGUGUGAACCCGUGUGCGCACGCUAAUGGCGGAUGCAGUCACCUGUGUCUCUAUAAGCCGCAGGGCGUGUCGUGUGCAUGUCCCAUCGGUCUGGAGCUCAUGGCCGAUCUGAGCACCUGCAUCGUCCCCGAGGCCUUCCUGCUGUUCUCCCGCCACACGGACAUCAGGCGCAUCUCGCUGGAGACCAACAACAACAACGUAGCCAUUCCUCUCACCGGCGUCAAAGAAGCGUCCGCACUCGACUUCGACAUCACCGACAACCGCAUCUACUGGACUGAUAUUACACUGAAGACCAUCAGUCGUGCGUUCAUGAACGGCAGCGCUCUGGAGCACGUGGUGGAGUUCGGUCUGGACUAUCCCGAGGGAAUGGCUGUGGACUGGCUGGGAAAGAACCUGUACUGGGCCGACACCGGGACCAACCGCAUCGAGGUGGCCAAACUGGAUGGGCAGCACAGACAGGUUCUGGUGUGGAAGGAUCUGGACAGCCCACGAGCACUGGCACUGGACCCAGCUGAGGGCUUCAUGUACUGGACGGAGUGGGGUGGACGGCCGAAGAUCGACCGCUCGGCCAUGGAUGGUUCUGGACGCAUCACUCUGGUGCCAAAUGUGGGCCGAGCAAAUGGACUGACCAUCGAUUACGCCGAGCGCCGGCUGUACUGGACAGACCUGGACACCACACUGAUCGAGUCCUCCAACAUGAUGGGUCUGGAGCGUGAGGUCAUCGCUGACGAUCUGCCGCAUCCGUUCGGACUCACACAGUACCAGGACUACAUCUACUGGACCGACUGGAGCCAGCGCAGCAUCGAACGAGCCAACAAGACCAGCGGACAGAACCGCACCGUCAUACAGGGACACCUGGACUACGUCAUGGACAUCCUGGUGUUCCACUCGUCCAGACAGAGCGGCUGGAACGCCUGCGCCUCCACCAACGGACACUGCUCACACCUGUGUCUCGCUGUUCCUGUCAGCAGCUUCGUGUGCGGCUGCCCUGCGCACUACUCCCUCAACCAGGACAACAAGACCUGCAGCGCGCCCACAUCCUUCCUGCUGUUCAGUCAGAAGACGGCCAUCAAUCGUAUGGUCAUGGACGAGCUGCAGAGUCCUGACAUCAUGCUGCCCAUCCACAGCCUGAGAAACGUGCGCUCCAUCGACUACGACCCGCUCGACCGCCAGCUGUACUGGAUCGACUCCAAGCAGAACGCCAUCCGCCGCGCGCAGCAGGACGGGAACCAGAGCGUGACGGUGGUGUCCGGCGCGAGCCUCGGCCUGCAGCCCUUCGACCUCAGCAUCGACGUCUACAGCCGCUUCAUCUACUGGACCAGCGAACUGACCAACGUCAUCAACGUGACGCGCACAGACGGCUCCCGGGUCGGAGUGGUGCUGCGCGGGGAACACGACCGACCGCGCGCCAUCGUGGUCAAUCCUGAGCGAGGGUACAUGUACUUCACUAAUCUGCAGGAGCGCUCCCCGAAGAUCGAGCGCGCCGCUCUGGACGGGACGGAGCGCGAGGUGCUGUUCUUCAGUAAUCUGGGGAAGCCGGUCGCUCUGGCCGUCGACAACGAGCUGGGAAAACUCUUCUGGGUCGACAUGGACCUGAGGCGCAUCGAGAGCAGCGACCUGUCCGGAGCCAAUCGGAUCGUGAUCGAGGACUCCAACAUCCUGCAGCCGGUGGGUCUGACGGUGUUCGGGAACUUCCUGUACUGGAUCGACCGGCAGCAGCAGAUGAUCGAGCGCAUCGAUAAGAUCACGCGUGAGGGACGCACCAAGAUCCAGGCGCGCAUCGCCUCUCUGAGCGACAUCCACGCCGUCCACCAGCUCCACAUGGACGAGUACAAUAAACACCCCUGCACCUCUGAUAACGGCGGCUGCUCACACAUCUGCAUCGUGAAGGGAGACGGAUCGACGCGCUGCUCGUGUCCCGUUCACCUGGUGCUGCUGCAGGACGAGCUCUCCUGCGGAGAGCCGCCCACGUGUUCUCCGGAGCAGUUCUCGUGUGUGUCCGGCGAGGUGGACUGCAUCCCUCAGGCCUGGCGCUGCGACGGCUUCUCUGAGUGUGACGACAGCAGUGACGAGCGAGACUGUCCCGUCUGCUCCGACCACGAGUUCCAGUGCGACAGCAAGCAGUGUGUGGACAUUACUCUGCGCUGCAACGGAGAGAUCGACUGCCAGGACCGAUCCGACGAGAACAAAUGUGAAGUGCUCUGUCCCAUGGAUCAGUUCACCUGCGCUAACGGCCAGUGCAUCGGGCGGCACAAGAAGUGUGACCACAACACGGACUGCACGGACAACUCUGACGAGAUCGGCUGCUACGCCACAGAAGAGCCGUCCUUCUCUCCCUCGAACACCAUCGGCUCUAUCGUGGGUGUGGUGAUGGUGCUGUUCGUGGUGGGUGCCGUGUAUUUCGUGUGCCAGCGUGUCCUGUGUCCUCAGAUGAAGGACGACGGCGAGACCAUGACCAAUGACUUCGUGGUGCACGGGCCGGCGCCGGUGCCUCUGGGAUACGUGCCUCACCCCGGCUCUCUGACCGGCUCGCUGCCAGGCAUGUCUCGUGGGAAGUCGGUCAUCGGCUCGCUGAGCAUCAUGGGAGGCAGCAGCGGUCCUCCGUAUGACCGAGCACAUGUGACCGGAGCCUCGUCCAGCAGCUCGUCCAGCACCAAGGGCACGUUCUUCCCUCCGAUCCUGAAUCCCCCCCCGUCUCCCGCCACAGUGAGGUCACAGUACACGAUGGAGUUGGGUUACUCCUCGAACAGCCCGUCGACGCACCGAUCGUACAGCUACAGACCGUACAGUUACCGCCACUUCGCCCCCCCGACGACGCCCUGCAGCACAGACGUGUGCGACAGCGACUACACGCCGGGCCGAAGAGCUCCGCACACGUCCAGCGCCGCGGUCAAGGGCUACACGAGUGACCUGAACUACGACUCGGAGCCGCUGCCGCCGCCGCCCACCCCUCGGAGCCAGUACCUGUCUGCGGAGGAGAACUGUGAGAGCUGCCCACCAUCGCCCUUCACAGAGCGCAGCUACUCACACCACCUGUACCCACCUCCACCCUCGCCCUGCACAGACUCAUCCUGAGCCCGCCCACCCUGCGUAAACCCCGCCCUGCCGGGAUUUAUCCUAAGCCCCGCCUACCCUGCGUAAACCCCGCCCUGCACAUAUUCAUUCUGAGCCCCGCCCACCACUGUGUAAGCCCCGCCCUGCACAGAUUCGUUCUGAGCCCCGCCCACUGCUGAGUAAGCCCCGCCCUGCACGGACUCGUCCUGAGCCCCAUCCACUGCCAAGUAAGCCCCGCCCUGCACAAACUCAUCCUGAGCCCCGCCCACCACCGUGUAAGCCCCGCCCUGCACGGACUAGUCCUGAGCCCCGCCCUCUAAGCUCCGCCCAUGGCAUCCGUGUAUAUAGCCGGUGGCGCUGACUUUGACCAGAGAGAAACACGUGGGCGUCUGUCUCGGGUCUGGUGGCUCUCUGUACAUUUAAAAAGAAAAAGAAAACAUAUUUAUAUAUUUUCUAUACAGUGUUUAUUGGUUAUGCCAUGGAGCUUUGUAUUAAAAUAAAUUUGUAAAUUUUUUUUUUUUAAGAGAACGUUUUAUUAAAUCCACACAUACGUGAUACGUUGCCUUAAUCCAGGAGUUUAGAAUCAAACACGUUCAUGCCAAAUAGAUGGAGACAUCCGUCGCCCCCUGCAGGCUCGGAGCUGCAUCACACUAUGAUCUCAAACUCAAAUCACCCGCUGGAUGAGCUGCCAAACAAGAAGGUACUCGUAUUUUUCUACUAUUUUUGUAUUGAAGACAUCAUGUGGCCUCCACUGUGGUGACGAACUUCAGCGGCGCCUCGACACGGAUGCUUUAGGGGAACGGACAGGAAGUGAUGCGAUCCUAACCAAUCAAAUGGAACCUUCCCGCAGCAGCCACGUGACGAGGGUCAUGUCAGGUCACGUGUGACACACGGCUCACAAUCACGGAUGACUUCUCGUGCCUGACCGCUUUUAGAACACACUUUCAAUCACUUUUCACUUUUUUAAAUCUCAGUGCCCACAAAGGUUGAUUAUUUUUGUACCACAUGCUGUGUAGAUACUGUAUUUAUAAGCUAUAAAGAAGAAUCUUCAUAUCUAUCAUCAUCAUCAUCAUCAUCA